CUCCGCCCCCAUCCCCGCCCGCUGUGGGGAGGAUGGCGGUGCUGCGGGGCCCUGCCGUGGAGCAGUACCCGGGACCGCCCGAAGGCCUUUCUGCUGGCGCUCUGGGUGUUUGCGCGGCUCCGUGAGAUAAUUUUAACAAAUUUUUAAAAAUGAAUCAAGGUCAUGACAGAGUUUAGCAGGUCAUCCUGGGAAAGAGAGUGUGUGAAGAGAAGUGUUGAAUGUAGGCUUAUAAAGCAUGGAAAAAUAUCAGGUGUUGAAAGUACUGGGAGAGGGAUCCUUUGGAAGAGCUCUCCUAGUUCAUCAUAGGAUCAGUGACCAGAAGUAUGCAAUGAAGGAAAUAAGACUGCCUAUGUCUUCAUCUGAUGCAGAGAACUCUAGGAAAGAAGCAGUUGUUUUGGCUAAAAUGAAACAUCCGAAUAUCGUUGCCUAUAAAGAAUCGUUUGAAGCUGAUGGACAUCUGUAUAUAGUGAUGGAAUAUUGUGAUGAUGGAGAUCUAAUGCAAAAGAUUAAACACCAAAGAGGAAAGUUUUUCCCUGAAGAUACGAUCCUUUGCUGGUUUGUGCAGAUGUGCCUGGGUGUGAAGCACAUUCAUGAUAAACAUGUGUUGCACAGGGAUAUCAAAUCCAAGAAUGUCUUCCUUACACAGAAUGGCAAAGUCAAAUUGGGAGAUUUUGGAUCUGCACGAAUUCUUGCACAUCCACUGUCAUAUGCUUGCACAUAUGUGGGAACUCCUUAUUAUGUACCUCCAGAAAUUUGGGAAAACAUGCCAUACAACAACAAAAGUGACAUAUGGUCUCUAGGAUGUAUACUGUAUGAGCUGUGCACUCUUAAACAUCCAUUUCAAGCAAAUAGCUGGAAACAUCUCAUCCUUAAGAUAUGCAAAGGGUCCUACAAUCCACUACCAUCUCACUAUUCCUAUGAACUUCAUUACUUAAUAAAACAGAUGUUUAAGAGAAAUCCCAAGAGUCGUCCAUCUGCCAGUACUAUUCUUGCAAGAAGCUGUUUAACCAAACUUCUAAAAAAUUGUUUGCCUUCUGAGGUGACAAAGGAGUUUGAGCAGGUAGUGAGGGAAACCAAGAAACAUGAAGGCAAUUCAACGAGACCAAAGGGUAACGUCAUGGCCAGUGGAAGCUCAAAUAAAAAGAAGGAAAAUAGACAAAGUAAAGAUGGAAGCAAGCAUAGUGCCUUAGAAAGGAAAAGUAUUAAGGAUUUGAGUGAAGGCACAGAGGAACAAAGGCAAGCUGAUAAAGAUGUAGAAACUUCUGAUGUCCUCCCAGGAAUUACUGGUUUCUCACAUCCCCAGAGGAAGCAAUGGGAAAAGAGGAUAUCCAGUACUGUAGUGGAUGUCCUGGAAAAUGCAUCCUUGCUUUCUUCAAGCUACACAUUUGAGGAUGCAAAAAGUGGCUGUGUUACAAACUACAGUGAAAACAAGCCACGUAAGCAGUGGAACAAGGAAGUUCCUCAGACCCUGAUGAACAUUCUCAGUAAUGCAGAUGUCAGCUUAGCAUUUAAAACGUACACAAUUUAUAAACCAGCUUCUGAAAAUCUGCUCAGAGGUCCACUUUCUGAUGAAACUGAAGUGUCUGAUGAAGUUGAUGGUGAAUAUGAAGCAACUGUCACAGAUUUGGAGAGACAUGAGCCCAGAUCUGAUGAAGAUGACACGGACUUUGAGGAAGAUGACCCAGACUGGGUGUCAGAACUUAAAAUGGCACUGAAACACAGCGACUGAAAAGUUGGAUUUACCUACAGUAACUGAAAUCAGGCUUGUCAGUUUUUAUAAUCCAAA